GGGGUUCCCGGCACACUCCUGGCCACUUCUCUGGAGAAACAGUCGCGAGGGGCGGGCAGCUAUGCCCUCAGCUUGAGGAGGCCUGCGAACCGGCAUCCCCGUCCACGGGAGGAUGGAGAAGGACCCCAUGGUCGCACACAGGAAGCAUCGGCCCGGCGCUGGGGCCCUGCCCUCAGGAGUGGCCCCCGGACACAGGGUGGCCGGCGAGGUGGCUGAGCUGCAGAGGAGCCGGAGCGUGGGCGGCCUGCACCAUAAAGGGGACCCACCAAGCCACGGCCAGCUGCUCAGGGAGCUGGAGCCUGAAGACCAGGGGAGAGACCCGAGGAGCUGCGCGGACGAUGCCAGUGGUCAGGUACACCCGGAGGACAAGGAGCAGAGCCCCGACAGCCUCGGCAAGGUGGAUGGUGAGAGCAGGGACCCGGAGCCCAGCUUGGAGAAGAGCGAGGUGCCUGCCCUGGGAGGCUCCCGCACAGACAGACGCGCCCCGGAGGCCGAGGAGCAGGAGCGUGAGUCCAUGGUGCUCAGCGACCUUCUGGAAAAGGAGACGCCAUCUAUGUUUGUGGAAAUCGAUCUGGAAGACCACACCGAGGAGGUAAAGGAGACAAAAUGCACAGACGGAAAGUCCAGCCACAACUGGGUGGCCACUUGUGCCAUGAAAGGAGAGGGACAGUCCCAGAUGGACACAGGAGACCUGUCAGAGGACGAGACCAGGACCAGCUGGGUGUGCUGCAUCCCGUACACGAGCAAGCGGAAGGCCAAGGAGGGCGCCUAGCCCAAGCGGAGUCACAAGCAGCAAGACCUCUGUCCCAGAAAGUGGCCGCGGUGACGCUUCAUUGCUGUUGGAGAAUUUUUACCUGCAGCAAAUUCCUCAGUAAAGGACAGGCUGGGA